CCUCAAAGAAAGUUUCUUAAUCAGAAAAAAAAAAAGCGAUGGAUUUUGAAUUUGAUGAUCAAGAACGGUUUUGUGCGACUCCUAAGCUUCCUCUGUUCUCAAUUCCAUUGGGCAGAGCUUGUGAGACUCCUGGCCUAGCGACACCGCCUAUGAACAUCGCUGGAUCGGUCCCGUUUCUAUGGGAGGAAGCUCCGGGAAAGCCUCGCGUUUCUGAUGAGAACAAACCUCUGGUUUCCAAGCAAAACGCCGAAGGAGGAGGAGUCGUGCGGUGCCUUGACCUUCCGCCGAGGCUGUUUUUUCCAGCUGAGAAUGAGCCAUCUCCGACUACAGUUCUUGAUGGUCCUUACGUUAUACCUCGCCGGUCUUUAUCGGUGAUAAGGAGAAACGAAGGAGCCUCUGAGGGUAGAUUCGACUUUUCACGUUCCACUAACGGCCGCUGCUUCCACGGCGACGGCGGCGGGGGUACAACGGUGAAGAUUAGUAGAGUUCGAAGAAAAGGAAGCCUCUUGAAUCUUUCUCAUUCCAAAUCGCAAUUCUUGGUAAGUUUUGGAAACUCAUAACCUUUUCUGCUCUAAAAUUUGAUUUAGUUGUCUAAUUACAUUCUUACGUUAUUCAAAAUCCCAACCGUUUGAUCAAAACUUAAUUUAAUGAGUUACUCAUUUUAAAACAGACUUUCAACGUUUUUGGGAUUUGAAAUAAAUGUCCUUUUUAAGUGCAAACUUUUGGUUUUCCUUCAAAAGUCUUUGCUUACUCUUAUCCCUAUAUAUUUCUUCUUUUGGAUUGUGAAUGAAUUCAUUUUUAGGCU